UAUGGUGCCUUCAAAUACAUUGGGAAAGUAGCAUUGCCGAGAUGUCAAGAGCAGUAGAAAAUCUCAUUUUCUUGUAUUAGGUCAAAAACAAACUGAACAAACAAAUAUGAAUGACGCAAAUAUUCAAAAAGUCAUUUUAAUGUCUUGUGGACUUCCUGUUUGCACUUCAUCAAGCCUUUGAACAUGAAGAGGGAAGUGUUCCAUGAACGUCACAUCGAUUUACACAAUUCUCCAUCUUCCUCAGACUAGGCAAGGGACCAACCUUCGUCCUGCGCAUAUUUCAAAUAUUUGACUAAUUCUGCUCACUCAUCUCGACUACAGGAACCAGUUAUGACUGACUCCAAAUAUUUCACCACUAACAAAAAAGGGGAGAUCUUUGAGCUGAAGGCAGAGCUGAACAAUGAGAAGAAGGAGAAGCGAAAGGAAGCGGUCAAGAAGGUCAUUGCUGCCAUGACGGUCGGCAAGGAUGUCAGCUCUUUGUUCCCGGAUGUGGUCAACUGCAUGCAGACCGACAACCUGGAGCUGAAGAAGUUGGUGUACCUCUACUUGAUGAACUACGCCAAAAGCCAGCCGGACAUGGCCAUCAUGGCUGUCAAUAGCUUUGUCAAGGACUGUGAGGACCCCAACCCCCUGAUCCGGGCCCUGGCCGUCCGCACUAUGGGCUGCAUCCGAGUGGACAAGAUCACGGAGUACCUGUGUGAGCCACUGAGGAAGUGCCUGAAGGACGAGGACCCUUAUGUGAGGAAGACGGCGGCUGUGUGUGUGGCCAAGCUUCACGACAUCAACGCCCAGAUGGUGGAGGACCAGGGCUUCUUGGACUCGCUGAGGGAUCUCAUUGCCGACUCCAACCCCAUGGUCGUUGCCAACGCCGUCGCCGCCCUGUCAGAGAUCAGCGAGUCUCACCCCAACAGCAACCUGCUGGACCUCAACCCCCAGAACAUCAACAAGCUGCUGACUGCCCUCAACGAGUGCACUGAAUGGGGUCAGAUCUUCAUCUUGGACUGCCUGUCCAACUACAACCCCAAAGAUGAGCGCGAGGCCCAGAGCAUUUGCGAGCGCGUCACUCCUCGGCUCUCCCACGCCAACUCUGCAGUGGUUCUGUCAGCGGUCAAGGUGCUGAUGAAGUUCCUGGAGCUUCUGCCCAAAGACUCCGACUACUACAACACCUUGCUGAAGAAGCUAUCCCCGCCACUCGUCACCUUGCUCUCCGGGGAGCCUGAGGUACAGUACGUGGCGCUGAGGAACAUCAACCUCAUAGUGCAGAAAAGGCCUGAGAUACUAAAGCAGGAAAUCAAAGUGUUCUUCGUCAAGUACAACGACCCCAUUUAUGUAAAACUCGAGAAACUGGACAUCAUGAUCCGCUUGGCUUCCCAGGCUAACAUUGCUCAGGUGCUGGCUGAGUUGAAGGAGUAUGCCACAGAGGUGGACGUUGACUUUGUGCGCAAGGCUGUACGUGCAAUUGGUCGCUGUGCCAUCAAAGUUGAGCAAUCGGCAGAGCGCUGUGUCAGCACCCUUCUGGACCUCAUCCAGACCAAAGUCAACUACGUGGUUCAGGAGGCCAUUGUGGUCAUCAGAGACAUCUUCCGCAAGUACCCCAACAAGUAUGAGAGCAUCAUCGCCACCCUAUGUGAGAACCUGGACUCUCUGGAUGAGCCGGAUGCUCGCGCCGCUAUGAUCUGGAUCGUUGGCGAGUACGCUGAGAGGAUUGACAAUGCUGAUGAGCUGCUGGAGAGCUUCCUGGAGGGCUUCCAUGAUGAGAGCACGCAGGUCCAGCUCACUCUCCUGACCGCCAUUGUCAAGCUCUUCCUGAAGAAGCCAUCUGAGACACAGGAGUUGGUGCAGCAGGUCCUGAGCCUGGCCACUCAGGAUUCGGACAACCCGGACCUACGCGACAGAGGCUACAUCUACUGGCGCCUGCUCUCCACCGACCCGGUCACCGCCAAGGAGGUGGUGCUGUCCGAGAAGCCCCUCAUCUCAGAGGAGACUGAUCUUAUUGAGCCCACCCUUCUGGAUGAACUUAUCUGCCACAUCGGCUCCCUGGCGUCUGUCUAUCACAAGCCGCCCAGCGCCUUUGUGGAGGGCAGUCACGGAAUCCACCGGAAACACCUCCCUGUCCAGCACAGCAGCAUCGACACAGGUGAGAGUCCAGUGAGCGGUGGGCCAGCAGCUGCCAUGGACCAGCCGCAUGUAAUCCCCAGCCAGGGUGAUCUGCUGGGUGACCUUCUCAACCUGGACCUGGGCCCUCCUGUCAAUGUUCCCCAGGUGUCCUCCAUGCAGAUGGGUGCGGUGGACCUUCUGGGAGGGGGCCUGGACAGCUUGCUGGGGGGAGACCUGGGCGGAGGUGUUGGGGGAAGUCCAGCUGUGGGCCAGAACUUCAUCCCUUCGUCCGUCCCCAGCACGUUUGCCCCAUCGCCCACUCCGGCACCUCCGGCUGUCAGCAGCAGCGGCCUCAACGACUUGUUUGAGCUCUCUACGGGCAUGGCCAUUGCGUCCGGAGGCUAUGUGGCACCUAAAGCUGUGUGGCUGCCUGCAGUGAAAGCCAAGGGACUGGAGAUCUCCGGAACGUUUUCUCGCCGUCAGGGCCAUAUGUACAUGGACAUGACCUUCACCAACAAGGCACUGCAGCACAUGACUGACUUCGCAGUCCAGUUCAACAAGAACAGCUUUGGGAUGAUCCCCACCAGCCCGCUGCCCAUCCACACUCCUCUAAUGCCCAGCCAGAGCAUUGACAUCUCCUUGCCCAUCAACACCAUCGGGCCAGUCAUGAAGAUGGACCCUCUCAAUAAUCUCCAGGUGGCUGUGAAGAACAACAUUGAUGUAUUCUACUACAGCGUGCUCAUCCCUCUCAACAUAUUCUUUGUGGAGGAUGGAAAAAUGGAGCGACAAGUGUUUCUUGCCACCUGGAAAGACAUUCCCAAUGAGAAUGAGCUGCAGUACCAGAUAAAGGAGUGCCACCUAAAUGCAGACACGGUGUCAGGCAAGCUGCAGAACAACAACAUCUACACCAUCGCCAAGAGGAAUGUAGAAGGACAGGACAUGCUCUACCAGUCACUCAAGCUCACCAACGGCAUCUGGAUCUUGGCUGAGCUCCGCAUCCAGCCGGGAAACCCGAACUACACGCUGUCUCUGAAGUGUCGGGCCCCCGAAGUCUCUCAGUACGUGUUCCAGAUGUACGACGCAGUGCUGAAGAACUGAAGAACCGGCCCUUUUCAUUCAUCCUGUUACCUCCCUGCCAAAAAAAAAUGGAGGCAGACAUCCUACAUCCAACAGGACAAGACAAAUAGAUUUCAUUCCCGUAGAUGAAAAGAUAAAUGUUAUGUAAUCACUCAUGCAAAUGUGUUGUACACCAUGCACAAUAUGAGGUAAGAGAUUUUAUUUUGGAACACUUAGUUAAACAUUCAUAAUAUUUUUAGCUUCUCUGUGAAAACGUGUCAAUCAUUCCAUCCUCAAGUGUCUUAAUGUUGUGACCGACAGUGGAAACAGUGAGACAGUAUCCCCACCCCCCCAGAGAGAAACUUGUAGACAUCAUUGUUUAUGGCUCACAGUUAUUUUUAAUACUAUCUUUUUCUUUAGGCCUGCGAUGAUACCGCUAUUGUUACCAUGCGUCUUACUCAGCACUCCAUCUUUUGGAUUAGUUAGCAUUUGCUGUCAAAGUUGCUGUUUUAAUCCAUGACCAAAUGAUUGCAAAGCACUGAUGUUGAAUCUUAAAGCUACAUUUAAUGGACCUCUUUCGCUUAUAUUACAUAACUGUAAAUGGGUUCCCCGAAGGAACCCAUCGUCCCACUAUUGCAACCAUAUAGUUGUACUUUAGCAAACUCUAAAUGCUAUUUAUUGUUCAUCUACCUCUUAUGUUUCCUUUAAAAUUACAGUAGCCUUUUGGUUGUUGUGGUUUCCAAUGAACUCUUGUUUUCGUUUCAUACUUUUUGUCGAGCCAGUUCAAACCUUUUGCAUCUCAGUAAACCAAAUUUGCAGGACCAAGCAUUCGCCAUAUAUGUUUGUUUUGUUGUAAUGAGCUAAUAUGUCCCCAAAUAUUUGCGCUUUGUGUGCAAUUCAGGUGUGGAGGCCCAGUAUUGCCUUUGUCCUGUGUAGAUUAGUCAUGAUAUUUGUGUCAGUAGAAAGUACGCUACAUUGGCAUUGAUUACCCUUUAUAUAUAACACAAUUAAGCCUACUUCUGGCUGUAUAUCACUUGUUGGUGGGAAUACUGUGUACAAAAACAUACUCCAUGUGUCCAUUUUUAUCCCUUGCUGUGGAUUUUCCCCAAUUUAAAACUGACUUGGAGGUUUAUGUUUUUUUUGUUGGUGCACUCCAGUAAACAUCUUUAACCAGCAGUGCGGUAAAAGAAUUGAAUGAAAUGAUUUUGUCCUGCAUCAAUAAAGUGUCACCAUGCA